GUUGCAUCAUUGCAAGGCACAGAAGAACCGGCAGCAGAACGCAGCUCGCUCCUCUGACAGACUCCAGGCUGCUUUAUUUCCAUGUCUGACUGUUUUUCUUUUUUUCUUUUUUUUUCCUGGUCGGGACACAGAUUUUGGAGAAUGAAUGGCAGCAGCUGAUCCGGACUGGGUGAAGAAGUCACCUUGUCAGUGAGCAUAAAGAGGAGCAGCAGGUGAAGCAGGGCAGAAGGAGAAGAAAGGAGAAGAAGGAGGGAUGUCCCCCCUGUUCAUGUGCGAAUCCGACAGUCCCGGAUCCCUGUCAGCAGAGGACCGCCACAGCAACAACGCUGGAUCUGAGCGGGAAGGUGAGGGGCAGCAGACGGGACCGAGAGGCUUGAAAAGACGAGAGAAGAACCGAAACGCUGCGAGGAAGAGCCGCAAGAAGCAGACGGAGAGAGCAGACGAGCUGCACGAGGAACUCCAGAGUCUGGAGCGCUCGAACUCGGCUUUACAGAGAGAGAUUGCCACUCUGACAAAGGAGCUCCACGUCUAUGAGGCGGCUCUGAAGCGUCACGAGCCUCACUGCCGCCUCAAGACAUCCCCACCCAGCUCGCUCACCCACCCAUCAUUUUCUGACCCAAACCGCGGUCAGAGCAGCGCCGCCUCUCCAGGAAUCCCUCUCCAGUCCCCCAGCUCGCUUCCCGCCUCCGAAACCUCCAGCCUGGGUUCAAAACGCUUGAACUACACUGAAAAGACCCAUCAUCCUCUUGCAGUUCCUCUUCCAGUAACUCCUCCAUCCGCUGGUCCGCCAUCUAAACUCUAUUCAGUCCAGCUCUCCGCACAUGCAGAUCGUCGCUCUUCGUUUGAAGUCAAACUGCCGAUCGCCUCAACGCCGUCAAGUUUUCUCACCCCUGUUCCCUCUCCGGUCCCCCAGCCCCAAUCUGGACAACACACCGCCGCCAAAACCUCGUCAGAUUAUUUCACAGCGGAGCCGUUUGUGCCAAAACAAGACUCGUCCAACGCGGCGCCUCCCUGCUCCCUUUCAGGGAUUCAGACCUCAGGUACAACAUACGAAUGUUACCCUGUGAAUCUGCCCCAGCUCCACCCCUUCCAGUCCAUCGGAAAUCCAAGCAGUUCACGUCUACUGUCUUCAUUAUAUGACUCCCCGCUUCAAAACCCUGCUCCGCGGUCGUUCCCAGCGUUACCCCGGUCCGGCCCGGAGCCACGUCCGGUCCCGGCUUUCGACCUGAAAUUGAGGCACAUUCACCAAGUCGCACCAAAUCCUGCGCCUCUGCUAACGCAGCUGACCGUCCCGCGUCCCCUCGGCGUGCCUCCAUCUACCUCCUGCAGCUUCGGCCAGUCGCUGGCUCCGCCCCUGCAGUCCCUCCCUCCGCCAGGGCACGCUUCCAAAGACCUUUCUCUGUCAGAGUUCUUGGAUGACAAUGAUUGGAUCCUAACUGGGACUAAUAGCCAUAACAGCCAGUAGCACCUCCAAACAGGACUUUGUUUUUUGUGUAUUCUGUUGUGCAACUGAUAAUUAUUUGGCAAAAUAAGGACACGGUGUUAAGUGUAAUUGUAAUUCGGGUGAGAAGGAGGGAAAAAAAAAACAGGCAAUCAGACUGGAGAGACGAAUGUGCAAAUUAACACCAUCAUGAAACGAGACAUGAUUUACCAACCAGAUCCAGAGGGACCAUGAGUGAAGCCUGGAAACUAAAGUCCGGGACUGUGUGUGUGGUGCACGCAGCGUCCUCCAGCUCUUCUUCAGGGACCACAGUUCAUUUCCCAGACCGAACAAGAGACAUAAUCUCUCCAUCAGCACUAAGGAGGACAGCUUUGUUUCAGUCAUUAACUAGUAGCUGCUGCCCCCGAGAUAAAUCCCAUGUGACGUAGUGAGAGCUGCUGCUGUGCUUCUUCACUUGUUAGCUGCUUCCUAUCAGGUUUGUAUUGGAUUUUGCAACAUGAGCGCUAUUGACAGACUGUUUUUUUUAUGUGUUUUAGUAUUUCAUGUGUUAUGACUUGAAGUAAUUUAAUAAUUCAUGAAAUUUUUCUACCCCCCAGAAUGAAUACAGAAGUUUUUGUUCAGUAAAUUUGUAGUAGUAACUUUGUGUUAUGGAUAAUUUCAUGACACUGUUACAGCGUCAUGAGGGUAAUUUCCUUGAAUUUGAUGAAGCGCCGCGAGAGUCAGAGUUGAUUUUACAGUUUACACAAUUGUUUUCAGUAGAUUUAACCGUUUUACUGUGAGAAAUUCGCCGGAUGCAUGUCUGACACUACAGAUUCCCAUAACACAAGCAAUCGAUUAACAUUUCACAGAAGUGUGACCAUGGAUGGUAAAACGUGAAAAUCCAGCAAUAUUUUUUUUUUCUUCUUAUUUAUUGGAAGUGAGAUUCUGCAAAACUGACUCACCACGUGAAAGCAGCGAUUUUGGAACGGGGUGGAGUAUCCACUUCCCUGAAACUUAUCAGAAAUGCCGUUUUCAAGAAAUCCGUCUGCGUCUGGAGCUGCUUUGGUGAUGGCGUGAACCUGUUUGCUGUCUGAUCUGUGUCCUGCCGAAUCGCCUUUUGAGUGAAACCAAAGAAAACUUUUUUUUUUUUUUUUCCAUGGCAGAUGAUUGAAUCUGUGAGGAACGGACUGGAACAGGCAGGCUGAAGCGACGGGGUCGUCACAGGCCGCCUCAUUAGGACUGACUGUAAAGAUCAAGAGAGCGUGACCCCACUUUCACCCAUCACUGCUCCGACCACAAACGUAUGAUUAGAAGUGCGUGGAAUUAAUGAAGCUUUCAUUGUGCUCAUUUAAAAUCUUUCCAUUGGACUUGAAAGUGGCAGCAGGAGGAUCACGAUGCAGCUAAUAUCUUUCGUACUGCUGAGAAUUAUGAUUGUACUUUUUAAAGUUAGGAAAACUAGAUGUGUUUUUAAGAAAUUUAACUAUUUUGUUUUUCAUCUAAGUAUUUCCAUAGGUUGCUUUGGUUUAUUUUCACAUAAGAAAUAAUAGAUUUUUGCUCCUUAUAGACUUUUUUUUUUAUAGGCUUUGGGUGUGAAGUGUGUGCAAUAGAAUAAUAAUUGUUUAUAUUUAUGAUGUUUCAGAUCAUUCAUUUAUGCUG